CCAAACGUCGUCGCCUAGCAGCGCAAGGACGGUGGUGGGCGGGUGGAGGCUAGGCCGCGGGGCGGCCCUUCCUGCUGUGCUGCUCCUCGUCAGCAAACAUGGCUGCCACCGGGCGAAAGAUGAGGGCGACCAUACUGGGAGAGGCGGCUCGGGCUUACCUCUUUCUUUUGCUUGUACUACUGGAAGUGGCCCUGUCGGCUUGGGGCCUCGAUAACGGCAUUACGCAAGAGAAAACAUCUCAGAAAAUGACAGACCCAUCAUUCACUGUUGGAACUCUUAAUUCAUCAUCUCCAAUUUCAGUAGUGAGCCAAAUCAAUGUGAAGAAUGCAACAAAAGACAAACAGUCUCCAAUAUCUUUGGUAGCUGAUACUUCUAUUGUGCCUGGAUCAACAACAGCAGAAAAGUUGACCACAUCUCCUACACCAACUUCUGUCUCUCUUAGUCCUAAUUCACAAAUGGAUAUUGAUGAUUCAGAAAUUACUGAAAUCAAUGAUAUUAUUACAAACAAAGAUGCACUGGCAAGAUUCCUACCAUCACCAUCUAGUAUUUCUCUAAUUGAUUAUGUCCAGUAUGAACCGGCUUCUGAUCCUCCAGAUGACCCAGGCAUUUCAGAGAUUACAGAAGAGGGGGCGAGCAUGCACAGCAAUGGAAACAAGUUAUUUGCUGAUGAGAUGAAGGACCCCAAUAUUUCAGGCUUAGAAGAUGAUAGCCAUUUCUUUUUUCAUCUGGUUAUUGUUGCCUUUUUGGUGGCUGUGGUUUAUAUCACAUAUCACAAUAAAAGGAAGAUCAUCUUGUUGGUCCAGAGCAGAAAAUGGCGAGAUGGACUUUGCUCCAGAACAGUUGGAUAUCAUCGUUUAGAUCAAAAUGUUAAUGAGGCAAUGCCUUCAUUAAAAAUUACCAAUGAUUAUAUUUUUUAAAUGCAGCAUGAUCCAGAUUUGCUGAACUAGUCAUUUUCUUUGCCUUGUUUUUUAUAUGAUGUGCAGGUGUUUACCCUAAGCAGUGAGUGUGUGUGCACUCAAUUUGCCUUGCAGGUUUUUAGCCUUACAUGAGGGCAUGUAAGGUUAGUAUUUACUUCUGGUGACAGCCAAACUUGAGAAUCAAUGUAUAUAGUGCCAUUUUUCAAAGUUACUUUCUUUCACUAUAUUCCAUUUUGCUUGGAGCAGUCAAUAUUCCUAGUUUAGAAUAUAGCCGUUUAGAGAUGAAAUCCAGCAUAUUAGCGAAUCUGGCAUCAGUGAAUUAUACGAAAAGGGAUUUCUGUUGAUGUCUAUUUUGAUGGUUAACCUAUUUCUCCCUUGGUAUAGAUUGCUUAAUACUACAAAGCGUCCAUCAGUUUAAAGCUGAGCCCCUUAUUUCUAGCCAAAUUACUUGUAUAGAGAUCAUGCUUUGUUCUCCACAGCCUUUGUAUAGAAAAGCAUCUUAAGAGAACAAUAUUUUGCACAUAUUAUUGAACUAUCAACCUGGGGUUUUUUGUUUUUUUUUUGCAUAAUCCACAAAUAUAUUUUUAAAACACUGCUUUUUCAGAGCUCAAUUUUUCUCAGCCAUUUUGUUUCUGCAUGUUGAAAAUCCAGAGUUAAGAUACAUUUUUCAGGCUAGAAAAUAUGAUAAAUAUGAAAUAUGACAAAUAUGCAAGACAAUAGAAUAAGUUCACUAUUGCUUUAGUAUUUUGAGUAGGAAUUGGCAAGACACUAUUUGUGGUUUGCAUUGCAAACAUGGAAGAUGUACACAUUUGAGUGGGUUAUUACUUCAAGUGUUAGUCUAAGCAAUAUAAUCAACUGCAGGUAUGGAAGUGACAUGAACUGAAGCUUACCAUCUUCAGAGAAUGGUACGCUACUUUAUUUUGACAAAAGAAAACCCCUUUCCAUGUGGGUUGUACAAGUUCUGGGUACAUUAGCAGUUUUUACCAUUUUUGUGUACUUUUGUUAUUUAUGACAAUUUCCACAAGUUGUAAAGUAUAUAAUUUUGUAGUUUUCCUUUUCUGUACAUCCUAUUUGUGUGUUUCCUCCCAGGACUGAAAAAUAUGUAAAUAAUAUGGAACCAUAAUUCAUGACUUUGUAUUCACGUAUUAUUGUACCAUUUUGAAAAAUCUCUUAAACUCUGGCAUGAAGAGUUGCACUGGAAAUGAUUUUAUCUUGGAAAAUAAAGCAGUUGAGCUUCUAGAGUCUUACCAUGAGUACUCCUGAACACAAGGAGGUGAAGCACAAGUGGUACAUGCCAGAACGGUUUUCUUCCAGUAAUUUUUAUCAUAUUGGACUUGUAUCACUUUUAAUAAGAUAUUUUUCAAAUAAACUCUUAAGAAUAUAA